AUGCCGAAGAACAAAGGUCAUCUGCAAUGGAACCCUGCUGCCGAGAGGCUCCUGUUGGAGUGGGUGGAGCAGAAUAAAGGCCCGGAUGGACCACUGCGGCAGAAUUUCGACCUGGCCUUGGAUGAAGUAGCGACACGUCUCCAAGAUCAAUUCCCCACCGCCGCUCAUCUCAGUGGCGUUACGCUGAAGCGCAGGAUCAACGACAAACUGAGAAGGGUAUGGACCAAGUACAGGUUGACCAAGUACCAAACCACGCCCUUUACAGCCACCGUCUUCUUCGACGAGGGCAUAGCAGCUCUGGAUCAGGGAAAGUUAGGGUCUAGCAUGGCGGAUCUUUUCCCAUUGGACGAAGAGCCUCAAGAGGACACCGCAAGUGCAGACAACAACCCACCUCCGGCAGACCAGGCCGGGACAAACCGCAAGACCAAGAGGAAGGCUGAUUCUAGCAUCGAUCCAGUGGAGUGCUCGUCACCAAAACGUGCAAAGUCAACGGAGCGAGAUCGGAGCGCAACGCCAGCCUCUUCCAGUGAUGACUCCCUCAGAAUCGAGACACAAGAUGUUAAUGAGCCGGAGCCCGACAUCCAGAUACAUGGUGUUAAUGAGCCGCAACCUGAGACAGAUGAUGUUGAUGAGCCACAACCAGAGAUCCAGACUCAUGUCAAUGCUGGGCCGCCUCCCGAAGUUCAACCAAAUGUCGUUGAAGACACUGCCACCGCUGCGCAGAUCCGUUUUGCAGGAUCUCAGACACAUCUGGCAACUCAAACCCCCACUUCUCUGCCGAAAACUACUCCAGCAGGCUCUCUUAGUUCGCUGCUGGCCCCGUCAGGGAUCCCCGGGUUUGGACCUGAUACUCCUUCGUGGGAUCUUGUUCCUCUGUUUUGCAGAGAUCAUUAUCAAAGUCUGCAGGAGCUUCUGGGGACUGCGGUUCCGCAACCUUUCCAUAAGGAAGUCCAAACAGCCAUGGAAGGUACCCGUGUGCGGAUCGAAUCUGCUGUCUCAAUCUACUUUCGCUCCGCGAGACUGGCGCAGGACCAACCCAUCAUCUUCGAUCCUCUGCAUGUCUACCCAGAGAAGCUCGCAGCACUGCUGAACUUGGUCGUCCAACCAUGGCAUCGCCACGAAUUCCAGUCAAUGCAAACGAGAACCACAGCAAUCACGUGGAAGCACCUUGCUCAGUCACUGGUUGGUCAAGCAGUCACUGCGUGGUGCUUAACCUCAGGACCAAGCGCUGAGUCCUUCUUCAGUGACUCGAUGGAAAACAUAUUUCAGGACGUCCACGAAAAAUACUUCGGGCCUCUCAUGGCGGCUAAUUUGAGAGAGAAGCUUUGGGAGAGAUACAUUGAUAAACACUUGCUUCCACGCAAUCACGAACGUGCCGCACAAAUGGCUUCUCUGGCACUCGAGUGUCUUGAUCACAUUCUGCCUCCUCCGACUCGCCUCCUAGGUGGUAAAGUGGUUUCGGGCGUGCGGUCAUGUCAACCAGUUAAUCAAGUGCCAACUGCUGAUGGACAAGCCGGCUACCGUCCCUUCCAGGAGCCUCCCGCGCGUGCCGAUUUCCUCGGGCGGCUAACUGAAAUUUUUGAAUAUGCUCUCAAUUGGCGGAUGGGCGAGUCUAAGAAUCUCAACAUUACUUAUGGCUUCGAGUUCCCAUGUUUCGGGCAGACCUUCAAGGCGGAAAAGAUGGAUAGGCGCUCUGGGCUUCUGAAGAGAGAGGAAGGGCGUGUCUGUCUGGGCUUCUCUCCAAUUGUGACGUGGAGCAUCCGAAGGAAGGUGCUGGGAGAUUAUAUGGAGGAGAGUGUGGUUUCGCCUGCAACGGUGCUGAUGAUAGAGUCAGAGGAGCCAGAGGAGCCAGAGGAGUCAGUGGAUCAACAGCCAUAA